GCAGCCCGGAACCGUAGCAGAGGGCACUGCAGCCCCCGGAAGCGGCGCGCACGGAUGCCAAGCAGCAUGGCGGGGCUGGAGCUCCUAUCGGACCAAGGCUACCGGGUGGACGGGCGGCGCGCCGGGGAGCUGCGCAAGAUUCAGGCGCGGAUGGGCGUCUUCGCGCAGGCCGACGGCUCGGCCUACAUCGAGCAGGGCAACACCAAGGCGCUGGCGGUGGUGUACGGCCCCCACGAGAUCCGAGGCUCUCGUUCUCGAGCCCUGCCUGAUAGGGCCCUGGUGAACUGUCAGUACAGUUCUGCUACCUUCAGCACAGGAGAGCGUAAGCGGCGACCUCAUGGGGACCGAAAGUCCUGUGAGAUGGGUCUGCAGUUGCGUCAGACCUUCGAGGCAGCCAUUCUUACCCAGCUGCAUCCACGUUCCCAGAUUGAUAUCUAUGUGCAGGUUCUCCAGGCAGAUGGUGGGACCUAUGCAGCAUGCGUGAAUGCAGCCACACUGGCUGUACUGGACGCUGGGAUACCUAUGCGGGACUUUGUGUGUGCCUGCUCUGCCGGCUUUGUGGAUGGCACAGCCUUGGCAGAUCUCAGCCACGUGGAAGAAGCAGCCGGCGGUCCCCAGCUUGCUCUGGCGUUGUUGCCAGCCUCAGGCCAGAUUGCACUGCUUGAGAUGGACGCUAGGUUGCAUGAGGACCACCUGGAGCAGGUGCUAGAGGCUGCUGCUCGGGCUGCCCGGGAUGUGCAUGCCUUGCUGGACCAGGUGGUUCGGCAGCAUGUACGUGAAGCCUCUCUCUUGCUGGGGGACUAAGUUCACUCAAGGCCACAAUAAAGCCACCCACAAAGCCCCUCGCACAUGAACUACAUUGUUACUGCAAUAUCAGGAUUCCAGUUGCAGGAGGGGAAGGGAAGCAUAACCCCAGGGAAAGCGCUUGUGUCAGGAAGAGGUCCCACAGGAGCUGGGGGUGGGGCUCUGUAGCCCAGAAGCUGCCUUGCACAGAUGGCGCCCUGGCUUCCAUCCCUGGCACCCAAAGAAAAGUGUUCCAGACAGCUGAGUGUGAUUUGGGCCUGGCAGGGUGAGCUUUCGGGUCUGUUCCUCAGAGCCAAGGUGCUGGGCACUCAGACUGCUAUGGUCAGUCAGCAGCAUGGGCUGCCCUACAGCCUCUGGAUUGUGGUCGAAGUGAAACGGCCUAUUUCCCCUGCUUGGAGUGGGGAAGUCCGCCUACACAGUACAGCUCACCCGCAGCCUUUAUGCACCACCCUUGCAUAGGGCACUCCCCUCUCCAGAAACUUCCUCACACGGAGCCCUUGCCACUCUGCUAUCCACCAGCUCUUGCAGGCUGCCCCCCCCAACAGCCCAGGUCCCAGGCCGGGUUAGGAACGCUCGGCACCUGACGCU